UUUGAUCAUGCGGAAGUGAGGCUCUCAUUGGCUGGAUCAGCGCGCUGUAGCGAAUCAGCCCUGUGUACAGAUCCCCUGAGGGACUGAUCCCCAGCUCUGAGCUGAACAGCGCUCUGAACAUCUGAUCGGUCAGAAGGUGUUGAUUAAUCUCCUGCAAGGAUCAAGCAUGGACCUGGUACUGAAUUUUGCAGACUCUCAUUUCUUCACUCCGUUUGUGUACCCGACCUCCUGGCCUGAAGACGAGCCUCUGCGGCAGAUCAUCGGGCUGCUGGUGGUCACCAACCUCGGUGCUGCAGUUCUGUACCUUGGCCUUGGAGCUUUAAGCUACUUCUUCAUAUUUGACCACAAUUUCAUGAAACACCCUCAGUUUUUAGAGAACCAGGUGAGACGUGAAAUAAAGUACGCUAUAACCUCAUUACCAUGGAUCAGCAUUCCCACUGUCGCACUGUUUUUUGCUGAAGUUCGAGGAUACAGCAAGCUCUACGACAACGUUAGUGAAUCUCCACUGGGUUGGCCAGGACUGAUCUUCAGCAUGUUCUCCUUCCUCUUUUUUACUGAUAUGUGCAUCUACUGGAUUCACAGAUUCCUGCAUCACAAACUGAUCUAUAAGCAUUUCCAUAAACCUCACCACAUCUGGAAGGUCCCGACUCCGUUCGCCAGCCACGCUUUCCACCCUGUCGACGGCUUUCUUCAGGGUCUGCCCUACCACAUCUACCCCUUCCUCUUUCCCCUGCAGAAGGUACUCUACCUGGGCCUCUAUGUGUUUGUUAACAUAUGGACCAUUUCCAUUCACGAUGGUGACUACCGGGUCCCACGGGUGAUGGAGAAAUUCAUCAAUGGAGCUGCACAUCACACCGAUCACCAUCUGUUUUUUGACUAUAACUACGGUCAGUAUUUCACACUGUGGGAUCGGCUCGGAGGAUCGUACAGGCACCCGUCGGCUCUGAUGGGGAAAGGGCCGCUUGACUUCAUCAAGAACUUAAAGAGUUCAUCAGCCGGACAUGCUAAUGGUAAAGAAGAGUAGCUCCUUCUGUUCCUUCAUAAACACUGAUGUCCUUCAACAAGCAUUUAUUGUUUAAGGCAUGUCUUCUUCAUCAAAAAAAUGUGCAGUUAAUCUUGUAGAGGAGAGAUUCUCAAACAUUUUUGCAAAAACAAAAAUCAAAUUAAACUCUCAGAAUACAUUUUAUUAAAAUGCUGUUAGGGUUAUUCUUACAGACCUGCAUGGUUUCUGGAUACAGAUUCAGUGAACCAGGGAUAUACGCUAUUAA